CUGACCACAAGCAGCAGUGGCAACAGAAUUGACAACAACAUCAGCAUGAGAGCUCAUUCUUUAAUUGCAUAAAUCUGGUAUUUUGAAAAUUUGUAUGGGCAGCUACAAAAAGCAACUUAAUGCUGGAGAAAAAUGGAUUCCAAGCGAUAUGUCACUAAGGCAAAGGACAUUGGAUCAGGAUCAAGAUCGACACAGAGGGACUCAAGCCAACUUACAGAUGUACUUCUUUCAUUUUUGAAAACACUGGGACUUGAAACGUACUACCCAAACAAGCUGACUCUGAGGUCUUUACUAGAAAUCUACAGUGCCACUCUGGCUGGUGAAGAGAUUGACUCACUGCAAGCAAUACCAUGGGCCUUUCUAAGAAAGUUACUGAUGGUUAAUUCGAAAUCAAGAUCUUUGUUAUCUGCACUUUGUGAAAAUGAUGAGGGAGAUGACUUGUUUAGUGAAGAAGACAGUGAUUGUAGCCUUAACCUUCUGGAUCUUCACACUGCCCUCUUUUUAUGUUCAGAUAGUUGUCUUCAGCAAGAAAUAGCCCUAAAAUUGUCAAUGUGCCAGUUUGCAGUACCAUUUGUGUUACCUCAAGGAGUACAUAAUCAGUGCACUCUUAUGUUAUGGGCACUUCGAGGUAUCAUGAAAGAAUGGCGUCCACAUUCAAUGUCAGAAUCUAAAGGCUUUCUUGAGGACAGUGUUGUUAAUGCAGACAUUCCCUUGAUAUCAUUUGUGAGGUUAAAUAACUGCAGCUUGUCCAAGUCCCAGGUUUUAAACCAAGUGCUCAACAAUUCAGAGUCUUCCAUCUGGGAAUAAUAGCAUUGAUGUCUUUCCUGAAGCAGUGGCAAUUGCUAAUUUAAGAGGAGGAGUGUCCACUUCUGAAUCCCAAUUCAGUUUCC